ACAUUUUUGAAAGAAAAAUUCGAAUGUAAGCUCCACACAAUUCCGAAGGUUGUUAGCUUCUAUCAACAGCGUCAGUUUCAAAGCGAUGGUAGAAAAUACACACAUGACUCUGAACCUAUCUCUCGCUAGGAAACUCUUCAACGCUUCUUCUUUUAAUUUGUUUUCCCUUCCCGCCAUAGUCCGACAGUUGGAUCCUAUAAAGGCGAUAUCGUCUGAGUUUCGUGCUUCUCUUUACACAUUUUUUAAUCACUGCUAUUCAUCAUCACCUCUUCAUCAGGAUUCCUACUUAGAAAAGGCCAAAUCUCAUCACGCCGUUGAUCCGGACGCGAUCUUCGAAUCUCUCAUCGAUAAUUCGACCCACAAGAGCCAUUUGAAUCAAAUCCAUUCCCAGUUACUGGUCUCUGGAUCUCUGGAUAGUUUGAUUUUGACCACUAAAUUGAUCAAUAAAAGCUCGAAUCUUGGAGAAAUUCGUUAUGCACGUAACCUGUUUGAUGAAUUUUGUAACCCGGAUGUUUUUCUGUGGGAUGCGAUCAUUAGAAGUUAUUCGAGGCGUGAUAUGUUUGGAGAUGCUCUUGAAAUGUACACGAAUAUGCAGAUGGCAGGGGUUAGUCCGGACAGCUUUACUUUUAUGCAUGUGCUCAAGGCUUGCAGUGGCUUGCCAGCUCUCGAAAUGGGAUGGCAGGUUCAUGCGCAGAUAUUUAGACAUGGGUUCCAAUCCGACGUGUUGGUACAGAAUGCGCUUGUUGCAUUGUAUGCAAAAUGUGGUCAGAUUGGGCUUUCUAGGGUGGUGUUUGAUGAUUUAUGUGAUAGGAAUGUUGUCUCAUGGACUUCCAUUAUCUCUGGGUAUGCACAAAAUGGUGAGCCUAUGGAAGCAUUGAGAAUAUUCAGUCAAAUGAGACACAGUAGUAUGAGACCUGAUUGGAUAGCUCUCGUGAGUGUUCUAAGGGCUUACACAGAUGUUGAGGAUCUGCAACAAGGGAAAUCAGUGCAGGGCUGUGUCAUUAAAAUGGGCCUUGAAUAUGAACCAGACUUACUCAUCUCACUCACUUCCAUGUAUGCAAAAUGUGGGCAGGUGACACUCGCGCGAUCCUUUUUUGAUCAGAUGGAGAUACCAAGUGUGAUUCUGUGGAAUGCCAUGAUUUCAGGUUAUGCAAAGAACGGUUUUGCUGAGGAAGCUGUAGACCUAUUCCGUGAGAUGAUAUCUAAGAAAAUACGGAUAGAUUCUAUAACUGCGAGGUCUGCCAUCUUAGCUUGUUCCCAAGUGGGGUCCCUUGAAUUAGCAAGAUGGAUGGAUGACUAUAUCAUGAGGAGUGAGUAUAGCGAUGAUGUUCUUGUCAAUACAGCCCUUAUUGACAUGUAUGCAAAAUGUGGAAGUGUUGAUUUGGCUCGCAUUGUUUUUGAUAGAACACUUGACAAGGACGUGGUUGUGUGGAGCUCCAUGAUUGUUGGCUAUGGAUUGCAUGGUCGGGGCCGAGAAGCCAUUGAUCUUUACUAUGCAAUGAAGCAAGAUGGGGUAUGCCCCAAUGAUGUCACCUUUGUUGGGCUCCUAACAGCAUGCAAUCAUUCAGGCCUUGUAGAAGAGGGAUGGGAACUUUUCCACAGCAUGAGGUAUUUUGGGAUUGAGCCUCGACACCAACAUUAUGCUUGUGUAGUCGAUCUUCUUGGACGUGCAGGCCGUUUGGAUGAGGCUUAUGAUUUCAUAACGAACAUGCCAAUUGAACCAGGUGUAAGCGUUUGGGGAGCACUUCUGAGUGCAUGCAAGAUCUAUCGCCACUUGACAUUGGGAGAAUUUGCUGCGAAGUAUCUUUUUACAUUAGACCCGUAUGAGACAGGGCAUUAUGUGCAGCUUUCAAAUCUCUAUGCUUCAGCCCGUUUGUGGAAUCAUGUUGGAAAGGUACGUGUAUUGAUGAAGGAGAAAGGCUUGACUAAGGACUAUGGGUAUAGUUUGAUUGAGAUCAACGGGAAACUUCAGGCAUUCCGUGUGGGAGACAAGUCACAUCCAAGGUACAAGGAAAUUUCUGAGGAGCUUGAGAAACUGGAGAAGAGAUUGAAGGAGGGGGGAUUUGUCCCACAUGCAGAAUCCGUUCUACAUGACCUGAAUUAUGAAGAGACAGAGGAAACUCUAUGUAAUCAUAGUGAAAGGCUAGCAAUUGCCUAUGGUCUCAUUAGUACACCUCCUGGAACUACCCUUAGAAUAACAAAGAAUCUACGGGCAUGUGUAAAUUGUCAUGCGGCGACUAAGCUUAUUUCGAAGCUUGUUAAUAGGGAGAUAGUUGUUCGGGAUGCAAAACGUUUUCAUCAUUUCAAGGAUGGAUUUUGUUCAUGUGGAGAUUAUUGGUGAGAGGGAAGGCUAGCUCUUGACAUUAAAGUAAGUUUACUUUGGUUCAGUUCAGCUUUGUGAAGCAAACCAAUGUCCCAGUUGCUACAGCUCAUUGUGAUACGAAGCUGAAACUUGAAAGUAACAUUUUGGCACGAAAUCAUUCUGAGGGGUAGACAUUAAAUUUUCUACACUUACAUGUUAGAAAGGUGCUAACCUGAGAUGGCUUUAACUAUUGGAUUUCUGAUACGAACAGCCAUAGAUAUUGCCAGAAGCAAUAACAUUCAGCCACAAAUACUGUCUCUCUUUCAGCUGAAUGAAUGGAAGGUGCAGGGAUUUCCCCCGUCAGGUCUAGCAUUUGAAAUAACUUUUAGAUUCCAACCUUCAAAGUUCUUAACCCACCAAAUACAGCCAUGAAAACCAGGGCAUCAAUGAUAAAAAAAAACAUAUUCUCCAGGAAGAGACAAACGCAGCCGUGGAAUCCUGCAGGGCUACACAGACAGAAAAAAAGAGCUUCUUCUCAAAGAAGAGAACAAGCACGUCGAGGACCGGAUCAGCGAUCUCCCAGAUGCCAUUCUGCACCCCAUACUCUCUUUCUUACCCCUCAAGCCCAUAGCCCAAGUCAGCCUUUUAUCCAAUUUUAGUCCCAAUUGCUGAAACUCCCACCAAAAGUUACAAGAAAGUCUCGAUCAAGAAAAUCCAACAGAGUCGAACUAGGGUCAUGGAGUUCAUAACGACUGUAUUAGCCCGUCGCCAUGAAAACUCCAAUAAAGGUUUUUGGCAUUAAGGGUCAACUGAGUUUGUUGGCAACUUCCAGCAUUGAGAUUUCUCACCGAAGGCCUGUCAAAAUGACCGUGGCAUGGUGCAAUCAGCUAAUUUCUAUCAGGAGUCUCCCGUGCCUGAUGAUACCUAUAUAUUUCCUUCUAAAUUUGGAGGUCAAUCUCUCUGUUUUGCUUACUUUUUUCUUGGAUUUAUAUACACUACAACAAAUUUAGUUUUUGUGAAGCUUUAAAAUUUGUGACAGAUUCAAAACUGUCACAGAA